AUGGAAACAGAAAAAUUGGCGGCACAAAUUAACACACACAUCGAGAACGACAGAAAAAAGCAUAGUCAUGAUGAGGUGUCACCGAAACACUCAAAAGGCAAAAAUGAUUCAAACUUCAAAGUUGUGAGUGCUGAACACAUUGCCCAAGUGCGUGCAAAGCGACAGGCCGAGCGCAAAGCUAAAAAAGAGGCUAUGAUAGCUCGAGGACUGGAUCCGGAUUGUCCGCCAGAUCUUCAAUUCAUUCGAAGGCCGCUUUUGGAGGUGGACAGCCAGUGUGAAGUGAAAGGGUUCAAGUUUAAGCUAAUGACAUAUAACUGCUUGGCGCAGGCGCUUAUUAGACGCAAACUUUUCCCAAAUAGCGGGAAUGCGCUGAAAUGGUUCAAAAGAUCUCAAGUCCUGCUAAAGGAAUUCGAAUAUUAUAGCGCCGACAUAUUGUGCCUGCAAGAGAUAGAUUUCAUACAAUAUCAAUCAUUUUGGAAAAAAAAUUUGCACGGCUUGGGCUAUGAUUUGCAAUUUCACCGUCAUGGCACGAAAAAUCACGGUGUAACCAUUGCUUGGAAAAGAGAGCUUUUUAGCAUGGCCGAUAGAAUGCUAAUCGAAUAUGAUAAGGAAGCAUCUGACAGCAUAGAGCCACGCACUACGACUAACAAUGUGGGCUUAAUUCUGGCUUUGAAAUUUUCAGACAGAGUAACAAGCCGUUUUCCUGGUUCAAGCAGCAAAGGAAUUUUGGUCGGAACCACUCAUUUAUUUUGGCAUCCAUUUGGAACGUUUGAACGAACAAGACAAUGCUACGUUCUCUUGAAAAAAAUGAAAGAGUUUUCACGUCGCGUUAUGGUCUUGCAAGAUGGCGCGGAUCGUCAAGAUCAAAAAUGGUAUCCAUUCAUUUGUGGCGAUUUCAACUCUCAGCCAUUUGAUGCUCCAUAUUUGUCAAUGACUUCGAAGCCCAUUUCUUAUGAGGAUAGAGCUAAAACUGUCAUUGCUUGUAGCACUUCUUACACUUUUUCGAAAAGACGCAAUGGGGAAGAUUGUGACGAGGAAGAAGGCGGAAACAUAGAAAAAUACGGCGAUCAGCCCGCAACUCCCGUUCCGCAGCAAUUCGAUGCAAAUCAAGAGCAACUACAACUACUGUCUGACAUGGAGAAAAUUCACAACGCUCUGCCUGCUAGGGCCAUUUCGGUCUAUUCCGUGGGCUAUAAAUCAGCACACCCCGAGAAUGCAGGUGUUGAUAACAAAAGGCACGAACCUGAAAUCUCGAACUGGGCUGAGACUUGGCGGGGACUACUGGAUUACAUUUUUUUCAUCCAGACCUGGGAUUUUAGCGAUAAAAGAAAACCUGACGAGCUUGGCAACUUCAGGCGGGAAAAUGGGGUUACUAUUCGAAGGCUUUUGAGAAUGCCACCAGCCUGUGAGAUGCCAAGCCACGGACAACCACAUGAGGGAGAAUAUGGAAGUGAUCAUUUGGCCAUGAUGUGUGAGUUGGAAUUAGACAUGCAUUAA